AUGGAUCACGUCACCGAAGCUCUCCUUGCUGCCAUCGGCAGCUUCAUCGUCGUCACAAUCAUAUUCGCUGCCAUCAUACUCGUCUGUCAGCACCGCAAAAUCACCCAAUCCCGCCGCAACAACCAGAUCCGAACCCAGCCACUUCGAAACCCAAGUCAUUAUCCUAGCAGUUCAAACUCCCUCCCGGUGGACGCCAGCUGGUCAGAAGACCCCAAUCUCAAAAUCUCCAUGGAAGAACUCUCCCGCGCCACCAAUGACUUCUCCGCAAGCCUCAUCGUCGGUGACGGCAGCUUCGGUCUCGUCUACAAAGCUUGUCUCUCCAACGGCACCGUCGUCGCCGUAAAAAAACUAUCCCCCGACGCCUUCCAAGGUUUUCGAGAAUUCGCGGCGGAGAUGGAAACCCUAAGCAAGCUUCGUCACCAAAACAUCGUCAAGAUCCUCGGUUACUGGGCCUCGGGACCUGAACGGUUACUCGUUUACGAGUUCAUUGAGAAAGGAAACCUAGAUCAGUGGCUUCACGAAUCUUCUUCAUCUACUCACCAAAACGACGACGUUUCAACUUCAACCGAUCUAAUUCGUUCUCCUUUACCCUGGGAAACAAGAGUCAACAUCAUGCGAGGUGUUGCUCACGGGCUUUGCUAUUUACACGGGCUAGAGAAGCCCAUUAUUCAUCGUGACAUCAAAGCUAGCAAUGUGCUGUUGGACUCUGAUUUUCAGGCCUAUAUAGCUGAUUUCGGGCUCGCACGUAGGAUGGAUAAAUCACAUUCGCACGUGUCAACGCAGGUGGCGGGUACUAGCGGUUACAUGCCACCAGAGUAUUGGCAAGGGUCUAAUGUAGCAUACCCGAAAGUAGAUGUGUAUAGUUUUGGAGUGUUGAUGAUUGAAACUAUGGCGGGCCACAGGCCCAAUUUGUCAGUGAAAUUGGACGGAACCGAUAUUGGGCUUGUUAAUUGGGCCAGGAAGAUGAAGGAACGGAACACUGAAAUGGAGAUGCUGGAUGUAAAUAUUCCAAGAAAAGAAGAGUUAAAGGAAGAGAGCAUUAGGGAGUAUGUACAUAUUGCUUGUAUGUGCACUAGUGAGUUACAGAAAGAUAGACCCCAAAUGACAGAGGUUGUCAAAUUAUUGGAUUCAAUGCCCCUAUAA